GGGGACAAAGCUCUUGCCGGGGCAAAAGAAGAGGACAUCCCGAGCCAUUUUUUCCCUCCCGAUCCGAACAAGAACCGGACGAUAUACUUCAAAGGCUUAUAUCUGUCGAUCGUGGACAAGAAAACAAACGACGUGAAAACACACAUAGACAACGAAACCCCCUCGACUGAAUACCUCCCCUACGAGAUUCCUGCUGGAUAUACUUGUUAUAUUAGAGUCGCCAGCGUAUGGUUCGACGUCUAG